UUUCAGCAGCCCAUAUAAAUAGCUUCUUCGUUAUUGAUCUGUCUUUUGUUUUCUCUCUGGUCUUACAUCUGCUUGUUCUCUUUCUCUUUGGUGUAGUAUUUGUUUCACUUUGUUUUUGCUUCUUUGUCUUCAACGCUGAUCUCUCUUUUUUUGAGUGCUUUUCUACUCACGGUUUUUUGGUUUCGGUUUUUGGCUGUUUUUGGCUCUCGUUGGUGCUUUUUACACUCCUAGACUCCUACAUUCAUAUCUCAACACACUCUUACGCUCAUCCAACAAUAGACCUGUUUUUCUCCUUUGUUCUUGCUUUAUUUUCCUUGAAACAUGAAGUUUUCUCACUCAUUGAAGUUCAAUGCUGUUCCCGAGUGGUCUUCGAAAUACCUUGCAUAUUCAUCUCUCAAGAAACUAAUCUACAAUCUCCAAAGAGAGUCUUUGAACAAUGGCCUGUUGGACCAUCAUGACACCGAAAGUGUACAUUCAAACGAGGAAACAAACUUGCUUUCCCUAAUCAACAACAGAUCCAAUUAUCCGGCCAGUAUUAACAGUAACAUCAAUUUCAAUUUCAAGAAACCAGAAGAGAUCUUCAUCAACACUUUGAAUGAAGAAUUGAUCAAAAUUGAAAGUUUCUACAAAUCAAAAGAACGCACUAUUUUGAAUGACUUGGACUUGUUGAUCAAUGAUAUCAACAAUUUCCAAACAGAAUUAAAACAUAAACAUCAUACAUUACACCACAACAACAAUAACAACAACAACAACAACAAUAACAACAACAACAACAACAAUAACAAUAACAAUAACAAAACAAUCCACGCAAACUCGGAUUUCGAUAAUCUCAACACAACUUCUUUUGAUUCAUUGGAGCACUUGAACACUGUCUCCCAACAAAGAGAAUCCCUACUAAGAUCAAAAUCUCCAAUCUCAUUCGACGAUUCAUAUGACAACCUAAUUCAACAAGAACUACUACUAACUUCGCAACACCCUUCCUCUACAUCUCAACAAAAUAUCCAUCCAAAUAAUCUCGACCACCAUAAUAGAAAUACUGACAACUUAUCGCUAAGCAGAAGAAACUCAUUGGCAAUCCUCAGCAAAAUCAAUGAUCCCUUUUUGGUUCUAAGUGAUGUAAGAAUAACCUUAAAAAAGAGAUCUGUUCUUCUAUUUACUUCCUUGUCUGAACUAAAAUCUUAUAUCGAUUUGAACAAAACUGGUUUUUCCAAAAUUUUAAAAAAAUUCGAUAAAUCCCUAAACACUAAAAUCAAAUUGGUUUAUUUAGAAGCACUCGAAAAAGAUUCGUACAUCUUCAAUCCAAAGACCUUGUCCUCUUUAAACCAAAGAAUCCACUCUUUAAUUUCCUCAUUUGCCUCCAUUGCCACCAAUGGUAACUUUCAAUCCGCUAAAUCAGAGCUAAACCUAAACUUGAGAGAAAAGGUGGUUUGGGAACGUAACACUGUUUGGAGAGAUUUAAUCGGUAUCGAAAGAAAAUCUCAAGCUGCAAAUGUCCCCAACGCUAGAAAUAGAUUUGACUUUUUUAACAAAAAGAAAUCUUUCAAAAAAAAUGAAGUUUAUAGCAGCGAUGAAGAUGAUGCCUAUUUCAACAAUCAAAACGUUAACAAUAACAACAAUUUACAAUCAAAUCAAACAAAAUACGAAUCUACAGCAAACACAAGAGCCUUUCAAGCUCUAAAUGACAGCAAAAACUUGCUCAAGUACUUGUUGUCUGGAAAUUCCCUAAAGGCAAUUUUGAUCUUCUUGCUAACUCUUAUUUUGCUAUUGGUUUCCCCCUUUGAAGUCAAAGAACAAAAAAACUGCUUUGCUUUGUUGGUCUGUGCUUCUCUAUUAUGGGCAACAGAAACUAUACCUUUGUUUGUUACUUCAAUGUUGAUCCCAUUUUUGAUUGUCAUAUUGGAUAUGCUCAAGCAUCCCGAUGGCACUUUGAUGACCUCACCAGAAGCUUCGAAAUUUAUUUUUAGCACAAUGUGGUCGUCAGUUAUAAUGAUUCUUCUUGGUGGUUUCACUCUAGCUGCUGCACUCUCAAAGUACUCAAUUACAAAAAUAGUUUCAACUUAUAUUCUUUCCCAAGCCGGUACAAGCCCAAAAAUAGUUUUACUCACAAUAAUGUUUGUUGCCUUAUUCGUAGCCAUGUGGGUCAGUAAUGUUGCUUCACCAGUCUUGUGCUACUCCAUAGUUCAACCUUUAUUAAGAACACUACCCCCAAACUCACAAUUUGCAAAGGUCCUCAUUCUCGGUAUAGCCUUUGCCUCUAAUAUCGGUGGUAUGGCUUCUCCCAUUGCCUCUCCCCAAAAUAUUAUUGCAAUUGAGUUGAUGGAGCCUCAACCUUCCUGGGGCCAGUGGUUCGUCAUUACUAUUCCUGUUUGUAUUAUUUCGGUAUUGAUAAUCUGGGUGUUUUUGCUUGUCACAUUUCCCACAAAGAAAGCUGUCAAAUUGGUUCCCAUUAGAGUGGUGGACGAGCAGUUCACCUUCACCCAAUACUUUGUCUCCAUUGUAACAGUAGUUACUAUUUUAUUGUGGUGUGUUGCACAUCAAGUCGAAGGCGUCUUUGGUGAAAUGGGAAUCAUAGCCAUCAUCCCCAUGGUAUCAUUUUUUGGAACAGGUCUAUUGACCUCUGAAGAUUUCAACAACUUCCUAUGGACGAUAGUGAUGUUAGCCAUGGGCGGUAUCUCAUUAGGCAAAGCUGUGUCGUCUUCUGGAUUAUUGGCCACCAUUGCCCUUGGAAUUCAACACAGAGUCGAGGAUUUGAACUUGUACUCUAUCUGUUUGAUUUUUGGUCUAUUGGUUUUGAUUGUUGCAACUUUUGUUUCUCACACUGUAGCUGCUUUGAUAAUUUUGCCAUUGGUCAGGGAGAUUGGAGCUGCAAUGCCUGAACCUCAUGCCAGGUUGUUGGUGAUGUGCUCUGCUUUGCUUUGUUCUGGUGCCAUGGGUUUGCCCACCUCUGGAUUUCCCAAUGUUACUGCAAUUUGUAUGACAGACGAGCUAGGAAAACCCUAUUUAACGGUUACCACCUUUAUCACCAGAGGUGUUCCGAUUUCUUUCUUCACCUACAUUGUCGUGAUAACAAUUGGGUACUCUAUAAUGAGAUUAAUCCACUUCUAGGCUGCUGACUUUCAGGUCUAAUCAACCUUUUCUACAGCCAAAACAACAGCAUAACACAACAAUAAAGAAACACUAUUCUCAUUGCAUGUAAGAAA